AUGGAUUUGCUGUCUGAACUAAUAAGAGAAAAGCCAAUUAGUAAUUUUUUGAAAAAAUUUCCAGAAAAAGAAUGACUAGGCGUAAUAAAGAAGACGCUGAUGUACGGAAUUCAGACAUUUGAAAUUAUUAAUAAUGCUGGGAUUGUAAGCUUUAUUACUAGUCAUAAAGAAAGGGAAAAAUUGGCGGAUAUCGAAAAUUUGAACAUUCAUGAAAGGAAAAUUUCUCAACCUGAGGUAGGAAUUGGAGAAAACCAGCCAGAAGAUGCCAAAAUUAAGAAGCAAAUAAGCAAGCUGCGUGUAAAUAAGCCAGCUUCUACACCAAGAGCGCAAAAAAUGACACCCAAGGCACAGAAUGUGACAAGUCCGUUAAGGAAAAUGACCUUUGACCCUCCACUGACAUCAAGAAAUAACGCACGAAUAAAAACAAGCAGAAAUAGCUCAGAGUCCAAGGCAAAGGCAAUUAAAAAAAGCUCAAACGGUAAAAAAUCAAGCCCAAGUAAAGAAAAAUUGAAUUUGAAAACAUCUAAUAUUCUGAUUGAUAGCACAGAGCAAUUAGAUCUUUCAAUGAAAAAUAAUGAUAAAUCUACAAGCUCAAGCAGCACUAUGAAUUUCAGCCAAAUUUUGAGAAACGAGUUUGCGAAUGGAUUGCAAGAAAAUGUUAGGAAAAAACUGAUAAAUAUUGAGCUGAAUUUGGAUAAAGUUUCGCAAAGUGCUCUGAAUUACACAACUAGCCCGAGCGAUGACGAUUAA